AUGGAUAAUGAUCCUAAAGAACCAGCACAGGAUAUAGACCAGCAGAUUAAGAAGCACAUUGACAGUGCAUAUCAACAAAUACAAACCACAAUAAAUGAACGUCUUAAUAAACUGAAACAAGCUAGAUUAAUGGAUGGUGAACCAAAUCUUAAUAACAACCAACCUACAGAAGAAGAGCAGAGCAAUCUCACAACACCUAUAACAAUAUGCUCAUCUGCAAGAACAAAAGAUGACAUUAUUCCAGGUAAUUAUCCACCUACUCCUACAUUCAACAGAAGGAUAGUAAAUCUGAUGACACAAGACACUGCAUCCAGUGCAGAUAAUUCAGUAAAUGAAAUAUUAUCCAGCAUUCCUCCACAAGAGAUACCUAUGACUCCAGAAGAAAUGCAAACAUUGCUACAAAUUGAUCUAGAUAAAUUUAAU